ACAAUGAAUAUAUCGGACGAUUGCAUGCUUCUCGUAAACAACAGUGACUGCACGAUUUUAAGUGAAUCCGAGUACGUGUCAUCGGUGCGUGGUCCUAAGUAUCUGUCUUGGAAACUGAUCGUACCUGUCACUCUAGUGUACAUGAUUAUCUUUGUAACCGGUGUCAUCGGCAAUGUGGCCACAUGUAUCGUCAUUGUCAAGAACUCUUCUAUGCAUAAUUCUAUAAAUUGUUAUCUGUUCAAUUUGGCGGUGUCCGACUUGAUGUUCUUGAUUUUAGGCUUACCACACGAACUGGGCGAGUAUUGGGAACAAUACCCAUGGAAAUGGGGAUUGGUUAUGUGCAAAUUACGAGCGUACGUCUCCGAAAUCUGCUCUUACGUGUCAGUGCUAACUAUCGUGGGCUUCGCGAUAGAAAGAUAUAUGGCAAUCUGCCAUCCAUUUCGCCAAAACAGCGAAGAUCUGAAACGAUCCAUGCGAUUUAUCUUGGUUGCGUGGAUGAUAGCCUCCUUUUCAGCUCUACCGAUCGCUGUUUACAUCAAUCUCGAUUUCGUUGAAUAUCCACCAAAAUCGAACCGAUACUCGAGCGAGUCCGCGAUCUGCGUGAUGAAAACUAAUGAUAUACCUAAUUUUCCUCUGUACGGGCUCAGCUGUUUCUGCUUCUUCCUCUUACCGAUGGCAUUCAUCGCAGUGUUUUACACACGAAUAUGUCUGCGAAUACAAACCGAGAGCUUCGUCCUAAACGUUGGAGGAUUUGUUCACGGGGAAAAUAAGCACGCUCAGCUUCGGAAGACCAUACGAAUUCUCAGUGCUGUGGUAGUAACGUUUUUCAUCUGCUGGGCUCCGUUUCACGUUCAACGAAUAAUGACUGCAUACAAUAUCGGUACACCAGAUAUAGACCGAUGGUUAUAUCCACUCACUGGUUGCCUGUAUUACUUCAGUGCAACCAUAAACCCAAUUCUAUAUAAUCUGAUCAGUGCUAAAUAUCGAGAUGCUUUUAAGGAGACGUGUUGCUACUCUUCCAGAAAGCACAUCAGCAGGUCCGCUAUUAGUAGCAUGAGACAUUCAAGCAUGGUUUCAGCCACUGGAACCAGAAUCGAGUCUCAGGUGUCUCCUAUGAGACACGUGGAGUCGAAGCUGCUGAAGAACAAUUUGCACACGGCGGUUUGACUAAAGACUGAUGGAAACAGCGAAAGGAAAUUCAUCGCAAAUCCAUCGAACAACAAAAAGACCACCGAGAGUAUCGAGGAAAGUUGUACGGGAGAAUUGAAGAAAUCUUCGUCUAUCAUUUAUACGAGAAAUGGACUGAAGCGUCUAAUGUUUGAGGGUGAAAGCGUUUCGAACGAGACACUUAUUUGAUCGAUAUUUACUUGUAAAUAAGGGUUCGAUAAAUGUGUGGUUACAUGUUUUAGCAGAAGAAUGUGUGCGUAAUGAAUUUCAUCGUGUGCUGUAAACCUUCAUAAAAUACUGCUUCCCUUAUGAGUGAAACGAGCUUCUAAACCACCCCCGGCAAAAGAUAUUUACGUAUCCCAAAAUUCCUGCUGGAGCUCCGCGAAAGCCUGGAUGUUACAUGUUUCCUAGAAUCGAUCCAGGUAGUUCUGAAAUGUGUUUUAGAAAUGUGGAAUGAAGCGAAACGCAAGGUACGUAAGAUACUUUGCAAGUCAAUUGAACUGUGAAGCGAUUUUAUGGAAAUUCGAAGAACUGCAUGUUGGAAUUAGUUUUCUAGCUGGAAUAGGAACAAGAUCGUGGAAUUCUAAGAUUAAGGGUCAGAAAGGGAUUCACAGAUAUGUACAAAUGUUUUUAAUUUAAGUAAAACAGUUAAAUCGUAUAAACAUAGUACGAGCUCACGCUAUGCAACUAUGUAUAUUCAACCUAAUACCCUUCUAUUGCAUUCGAAACGAUUUGAACUAUUUUACCACUGAAUAUUCAUCGUUCUCGCAAACUCCGGGAUUUUUAUGUAUUGACAUUUGCGCAAUCACGUACCGAUUUAUCUACGAUAGCCUUCUGUAUCAAAACAAUGUUA